AUGUCUGCUCCUAACGCCAACAAGCCAAACGAGGGCAUCGUCGGCCAGGUCGUCAACUCUGCCACCAACGCCGUCAACUACGUCUCCGAGACCAUCCAGGGCAAGUCCGCUGAGGCUCAGAAGGAGGCCGACAAGGAGAAGGCCAAGGGCAACGUCCCCGGCCAGGACGGUGUCGGUGACCGCAUCUCCGGCGCUCUCGGUGCCGCCUCCAACAAGAUGGAGGAGACCAAGCACGAWGCUGCCGGCAAGGCCAACAAGGAGUCGAUCUAG